AAACAGAAAAACCGGAAGGAGAUACCUUGUUAUUGGGAGAGCCAGUCAGCCGGCUGCCAGAAGCCACACUGUGCCUUCUUCCAUGACAGGCCGCGCUACAUCGAGGGCAUGUUUGUCCCUCCGGACAAAAGUCUCAGCAAAGCCGAAGAACAGCCAAAUGAGGAACCAGCUCCCCCGCCAAUUGCCCCCCUCCCCACUGCAGCCAAUCCCCAGCUCAGAGGCGUGAUCAAGACAGAAACUCAGGAGCCAGUACCAAGCCCCACACACCCACCAGUGGUAAUUAAUCCAGCAGAUGAUGACGAGGAUGAAGAUGACCAGUACUCAGAGGAGGGAGAAGAUGGAAGGGUUGGACUCUCUCCUAGAAAACUAUCCAAGUCAGGUGAGACUGACACACCACAUUUGGAAUCAUUAUUGGUUAACAAGGCUGUGCUACAUCAUAAUCUGUGUGGAAUGUAAAGGGCCCAUGUCAUGCUUUUCCGGUUAUUACCCGUCCCCUUGUGUGUUCUGUAGCUUCUGCAU